AUGUUGCAAUUAAUCCGGAACCCGCUUGAAGUCAUGCAGUCACGCUGCAUCACACCGCAAGCCAAGGCAAGACAAGGCAAGACAAAGCAAGCCAAAGCAAGCCAAGGCAAGCAACAAGCCACAAGCAAACCAAGCAAGCAAACCAACCAGGCAAGCCAAGCAGCCAAGCAACAAGCAAGACAAACCAGCAAGCAAACCAAGCAACCAAGGCAAGCCAAAAAGCCAAGGCAAGACAAGCAAGCCAAGGCAAGCCAAGGCAAGCCAAGCAAGCCAAAGCAAGCCAAGGCAAGCCAAAGCAAGACAAGGCAAGCCAAAGCAAGCCAAGGCAAGCCAAGCAAGCCCAAGGCAAGACAAGCAAGCCAAGGCAAGCCAAGGCAAGGCAAACCAAGCCAAGGCAAACCAAGGCAAGCCAAAGCAAGCCAAGGCAAACCAAGGCAAGACAAACCAAGCCAAGGCAAGCCAAGGCAGGCCAAGGCAAGCCAAGGCAAGCCAAGGCAAGCCAAGGCAAGCCAAGGCAAACCAAGGCAAGCCAAAGCAAGCCAAGCAGCUAAGCAUCUGAAGAACUGCGUGACUCACUCCGUCGGCGCCCGCGAGAGACUUCCGCGUCGGGAGGACUUUGAAGGCACCUCCGCGGACGGUGACGGCGACGGUGACGAAGGUCCGGUCGCUGAGGGCGGUGAAGGGGCAGGCCACGUGCCUUCUUCCCCCGGGGAUGAGGCCGGUGAAGGGGCGUGCCACGUGCCUUUCCCCCCGGGGGCUGAGGGCGGCGUGACUCAGCGGGAUCGGGUGCCUCCAGGAAUGCGUCGAUCAGCGUUCACGUUCAACUGA